GGGAAACUUGCGGAAAGGCUUGCAUAGUCCUGUUCUGUGCCCAAUAGGUGCCCGCCCGCAUUGGCACCCUCCCCUCUGUUGCUGAGGCACUCCGCAGGGCGUUCAAGCUCCCCUUCACGGGUUUCUGAUAAUACCAGUGUUUCAGUCUAAGGCUCAUGAAAUAUCAGGGGUCCGUCAUGGUGAUAUCACAAUGUGACUUGAGGGGAGAGUCAAAGCAGGAGCCUGCAGGAUGCCCUGCAAACAGCCACAGCUCUGUACUGAAUGGACAGAAUAAAUCCCACCCUAGUUAAAACCGAUGGCUUUUGUUUGGACCAGAAGUGCCAGAGUCACAAUAUAGGGAUCUGCUUCAGCUCCCCAGGAAUAUGAUUGAAAACAGCAUGUUUGAGGAAGAACCAGAUGUGGUGGAUUUAGCCAAAGAGCCCUGUUUACAUCCUCUAGAGCCUGAUGAGGUGGAAUAUGAGCCCCGGGGUUCAAGACUGCUGGUGCGGGGUCUUGGUGAGCAUGAGAUGGAUGAGGACGAAGAGGAUUAUGAGUCAUCUGCAAAACUGCUGGGCAUGUCCUUCAUGAACAGAAGCUCAGGCCUUCGGAACAGUGCAACUGGCUACAGGCCGAGCCCAGAUGGGACUUGUUCGGUACCCUCUGCGAGGACCAUGGCAAUCUGUGUUUUUCUUAUUGUGGUUGCCGUUUCUAUAAUCAUGGUGAUUUAUUUACUACCCAGAUGUACUUUUACCAAAGAAGGCUGCCAUAAAAAAAACCAAUCAAUGGGACUAAUUCAGCCAGUUGCAACAAAUGGAAAGUUGUUUCCGUGGGCACAAGUCAGGCUUCCCACCGCCAUUAUGCCACUACGCUAUGAACUUAACCUACACCCAAACCUAACCUCGAUGACAUUCAGGGGUUCUGUGACAAUUUCACUUCAGGCUCUUCAGGCCACGUGGAAUAUCGUUCUUCACAGUACAGGCCAUAAUAUUUCAAGAGUGACCUUUAUGUCAGCAGUUUCAAGCCAAGAAAAACAAGUUGAGGUCUUGGAAUACCCAUUUCAUGAACAAAUUGCAAUUGUUGCCCCUGAAGCUCUUCUUGAAGGACACAAUUAUACCUUGAAGAUAGAGUAUUCGGCGAAUAUAUCUACUUCUUACUGUGGGUUCUAUGGAAUCUCCUAUACAGAUGAAAGUAAUGAGAAAAAGUACUUUGCAGCAACUCAGUUUGAACCCCUGGCAGCAAGAUCUGCUUUUCCUUGUUUUGAUGAACCAGGAUUUAAAGCCACAUUUAUCAUCAGGAUCAUAAGGGAUGAGCAAUAUACUGCUUUAUCAAAUAUGCCUAAGAAUUCAUCAAUCAUUAUGGAAGAUGGACUUGUUCAGGAUGAGUUUUCUGAGAGUGUGAAAAUGAGCACUUACCUGGUUGCAUUCAUUGUUGGGGAGAUGAAGAACCUGAGUCAGGACGUAAAUGGAACCCUGGUUUCUAUAUAUGCUGUACCAGAAAAGAUUGGUCAAGUUCACCAUGCCUUGGAAACAACUGUGAAGCUUCUUGAAUUCUAUCAAAACUACUUUGAAAUUCAAUACCCACUUAAGAAAUUGGAUUUGGUGGCUAUUCCUGACUUUGAAGCGGGAGCAAUGGAAAAUUGGGGUUUGCUCACCUUCCGUGAAGAGACACUUCUGUAUGACAAUAAUACUUCUUCAGUGGCGGAUAGAAAACUGGUUACUAAAAUCAUUGCUCAUGAGCUCUCCCAUCAGUGGUUUGGUAAUCUAGUAACAAUGGAGUGGUGGAAUGAUCUAUGGCUAAAUGAAGGGUUUGCUACUUUCAUGGAGUAUUUCUCCUUGGAAAAAAUAUUCAAAGAGCUUUCUAGUUAUGAAGAUUUCUUAGAUGCUCGAUUUAAAACCAUGAAGAAAGAUUCCUUGAAUUCAUCGCAUCCAAUAUCAUCAUCAUCUGUUCAGUCUUCAGAACAGAUCGAAGAAAUGUUUGAUUCUCUUUCCUAUUUUAAGGGAGCCUCUCUCUUGUUGAUGCUGAAAACUUAUCUUAGUGAGGAUGUAUUCCAAAAUGCUGUUGUCUUUUACCUGCAUAGUCAUAGCUAUGCAUCCAUUAAAAGUGAUGAUCUGUGGGAUAGUUUUAAUGAGGUCACAAACAAAACACUAGAUGUAAAGAAAAUGAUGAAAACCUGGACCCUGCAAAAAGGAUUUCCUUUAGUGACUGUCCAAAGAAAAGGAAAGGAGCUUCAUGUACAACAAGAAAGAUACUUUUUAAAUGUGAAGCCUGAAAUUCAGCCUUCAGAUGCAAGCUAUCUCUGGCAUAUUCCACUAUCCUAUGUCACUGAGGGAAGAAAUUACUCAAAAUAUCCAUUGGUAUUUUUACUGGACAAGAAAUCAGGUGUCAUCAAUCUUACAGAAGAAGUGCAGUGGAUCAAAGUCAAUACAAACAUGAAUGGCUAUUAUAUUGUACACUAUGCAGAUGAUGACUGGGAAGCACUAAUCAAACAGUUGAAAACGAAUCCUUAUGUCCUGAGUGACAAAGACCGAGCCAACCUCAUCAACAACAUCUUUGAACUUGCAGGCCUAGGCAAGGUGUCUCUUCAAAGGGCCUUUGAUUUGAUUGAUUACCUUGGAAAUGAGACCUAUACCGCCCCCAUCACUGAAGCCCUGUUCCAGACAGGCCUCAUCUAUAACCUCCUUGAAAAGCUGGGACACAUGGAUCUGGCCUCAAGAGUAGUGGCCAGGGUAUUUAAGUUACUUCAAAGUCAAAUCCAACAGCAAACUUGGACUGAUGAAGGCACCCCAUCUACUCGAGAGCUUCGGUCAGUCCUGUUAGAAUUUGCUUGCACCCACGGCCUAGAGAACUGCAGCACUGUUGCCAUGAAGCUCUUUGAUGAUUGGGUGGCAUCUAAUGGAACUCAAAGCCUACCUACUGAUGUCAUGACUACUGUGUUCAAGGUCGGAGCACAAACUGAGAAAGGCUGGUCAUUCCUACUAAGCAAGUAUGUUUCUAUAGGCUCUGAAGCAGAAAAGAAUAAAAUACUUGAGGCUCUUGCCAGCUCCGAGGAUGUACGGAAACUUUACUGGUUAAUGAAAAAGAGCCUCAGUGGAGAUAUCAUCCGAACACAGAAGCUGUCAUUUAUCAUUAGAACAGCUGGCCGACAUUUUCCUGGGCACUUGCUGGCAUGGGAUUUUGUCAAAGAGAACUGGAAUAAGCUUGUGCAGAAGUUUCAUCUGGGGUCCUAUACCAUACAAAGUAUUGUUGCCGGGUCAACACACCUGUUUUCAACAAAGGCACAUUUGUCUGAGGUCCAGGCGUUCUUUGAAAAUCAGUCAGAGGCAACCUUUCGGCUUCGUUGUGUCCAGGAGGCCUUGGAAGUCAUUCAGUUGAAUAUGCGAUGGAUGGAGAAGAACCUUAAAACUCUGACGUGGUGGCUGUAGCAUGCACACCUGCACCUCAUCUUGUCGCCCAUUCAGAGAGCUUGUUAACUUGGGCUCCGCUGCUUUUGCAAAAAGCCAAGGUGAAGCCAGAACCGCUGCCGAGUUGUUUGCACUCUUAGGAGUUCUAGUUAGCUCAGGGCCCGUCUGUACUUUUCAUCUGUCUUUUUCAAAUUGUCUUUGGGAAGUAUGUAGUUAUUUAUUAUAAAAUUAUAUUCGCCUACAUGCGCCAACAUCUACAAAAACAGUAAGUAAUUUUUCUACUUUUAAGAUAAAGAAAUAGGGAGGAAAAAUUUGUUUUGGCCUUCUGUUCUGUUUCUCAGUAUCCGGAAAAUACUGACAUGGUGAAACAAGCAAAGAUCUACCAUGGGAGCCAUCAUCUUUGCAGGCUGCUGGUUUGUCAGCCAUUUGUUGCUUCUUAUUGAUAGACGUUACUUGAAUGUGGUACAACACUUGGCUUCAAAUACUAUGGUAAUGAAGUCGAUGAAUCAUAUAACUGUUAGAAAACUGAUCUCAGGUGUGCAGAUCUACUUUGAUUUGAGGUUUUGAUUAACUCUUUAUUUUCUGAAAAAAAGUUUAAAUAAGAUCUAUAACUUAUUUUUUUUCUGCAGAACAGCCAGGUGCUACAGAAUUUUUAAAUUUUUGUUGUAUUGAAAAACUAAUAAGGACAAAAGAUUAAAAUUUCCAAAUAUUUAAUAAUUAUUUUUUCAUCUUUUAGGAAAAUGUUUCAAACUGAGUUAGCUUUAAUUAUAAUUAUUUUAUUUAUGAAUUCUCCAAAUCUGUACACCUUUACCACUCCCUGCCAUAGAUAUACCUUAUGUUAUAAAUAAGUAUGUCUACAUACAUGGCAAGCAUUUUGUUAAUACUGGUGUCUUUUAUCCUGACUUUAUCACUAUUACUAAAAAUAAUUUGUUUAAGUUACCUUUGACAUUACCUGAUCAUAGACACUUUCUCUGUGAAUGAUACUCAUGUAGAUUUUCAUGUUAUAUGGUAGGGUAUAUUAGAAGCAUAGUAGAAGCGUAUUUUAAAAUAGGGCCUUUGAGAAAUUGAGCAUUUUUAUUUGAAGUUCACCAUAGUACCUUAAAGGAAUAAAGAGAAUGUGGGAUAGGAGUAAUUUGAUUCAGAUUUAAUAUGGUGGGCUUUGAAUUUUUUCUACUGUCAAAAACAGUACCUUUUUUUAGUUCAAAAAUCAGUGGUUUUGUUUUGUUUUGUCUUUAUCAUGGCCAAACUAACUGAUUAAAAGGAACGGCUGAGAAAAGAAAGAAAGAAAAGGGAAGAUGUCCACAGCUGUGUGGCAUUUUCACUCUUUGCAAAGGAGAAAUACUGUACUUGAAUUUUCUGAGCUAUGCAGACUUCAUACUUAGAUUGUGGAGUUUCUUUGCUUCUUACGGGAAAGACUUUCUUCCUAAUAAUUUUUGAGUACUUUAUAUUUUGUUUGAAAACAUCUUGUAUGUACGUAAAAAGAGUAGAUACCCAUUUUCAAGCACUUAAAACACUCCACAGAAUCAAUGGGAAAGGACACCUUUUUUUUUUAUUUUAGCAGGUAUAAAGCAAAAAAUAUGUGGGAUUGUGUAUAAAAUUAUAUUUUACUUUAUGAAAAUAUUUUUAUAUAACAAGAUUUAAAAUGCUAGCAAGCUAAAAGCUAGCUUUCUUUAAUCCUAGUGUGUUUUCCCCCAAUUUAGUCUUUUCUAAACAUUUACCUCUGGUUUAGAAUACAAAAUCUUAUAUCCUGAGAAUCACAGAAUCCUCAAAAGAUGUCUUAUUGAAACUGGGGUGAUCGUAGGUUUUUAUUUGUCUUGUGCUUCCGGAAAUGAAUGAUAGUUUAGUUGAUAUUGGAAGUUAGUGUGUUUUUAUAUUUUUAGGGUGGGGAAACAUACUAGACUUUGAGGGGUUUUUUGGUUGCUGGUUUUUUACCAUAUGUUAUAUUACUAAAUUCCACUUUGAUACAGAAUUUAAAUUUUGCUACUUCUCAAAAUCAGUUAAGACUUUUCAGUUUUACCUGCCCAUCUUUACAUGGCUACUGUAAUGUAUGUUAACUCUGCAUAUGGCAAAUCCUGUACCGAAUUAUAUCAUCUUUCCUGAGUGUGUGUGUGUGUGUGUGUGUGUGUGUGUGUGUGUGCAUGCUUAUAGUAUGUAGGAAGAGGGUGAUGUUUAAAUACUUAUCAAAACAUGAGCUAAAAAAGAGGUAACUUGUAAUCCAUUGCUAUCUUUGUAUUCAAAAGCUGUUCAUUCCCAUGAUACUGGAUCUAUACUGGUUGUAGUGUUAUUUAUAGGCCUCACCUCAGUUGUUUGUAGUUUUAGCAGCCCUCCCCUCACAUUUUCCCACAGGAUUCCAUAAUUUGUAAUGUUAAGCUAACCCAUCUCUGUAUGGCACUUCUAAAAACUAUCUCUAAGUCAGGAAUAUAAGGUUAAGUAACCAGUAGAACAUGUUACAUAGUAAGUAUAACUAGCUUUUGAAGAUUAUAUCACCCCAAACCUUAUCUUUGCCCCUGCAUCUUGUAGAGCUCAAACAGAUGGACGCACAGCAGUCACAGCACACUUGUUUAUGUAAGCACAUAGAUCCAUGACAGUUAAGUGCUGGUUUUCAAGUAUUAUGUUCAUUGCAGAGAGACGAUCUACAUGAAUGUAAUAGAAGGGGCACAUCAUACUAGGUUAUUAGGAAAGGUAAAAUUGGAAAUCUGGAAUUGUAGAAGAAAAACGUAUGCUUUGGAGAUCUGGAAAUAGAAAUCCAAGGAGUCUAGUUUGUUCCCUUAAUAGCAAGAGAUUGGAUACAUUAAACUACAGGUGGGGUCAGCUUCCACCCCAGGCUUGUGCCUUCCUGCAUCUUCUUGUUUUAUAUAGAGAUCUCUUUAAGUUAAGUGUUGCUGUUAUUUGUGAACUUCUUACCAGCACAGGUUCCACUUAAAUGUUAAUACUCUUUGCCAUUCAUGUUUUCAUUUCAUUGAACAAGAGCUGUCAGCAGAGUUCUGGGUACGUAGAGGAUAUUGUGCUGCAUCAGUCUCACUGGGUACAGAGCAGAGUCCCUUCUGAGCAUAGCAAAGUAAGGAAUGAAAGUUACAUGCUGAGUUUGUUGGAUUAUUGGUAGUCUGUUACUGAGUUGUAUUUUAAGAGUCUAUGCAACUAAAGCACCUGGACCCAUAAUCUGCAAUUGGACUGCUGAAUUCACGUAACCCCGAUUUGUUUCAUGGGAUUGUGCAGCUCAGGACACAUACCAUCACCGAGGACAGCAUUUUCUCAGCUGAUUCUGCAAAAUGAGAAUUUCAAAUUCUCUGCAAAUCUGAAUUUCAUACAUAAGAUGCAGCUCUUUUUCUCCCCUUUGCCUUUGUCAUUUCGUUUUUAUUGGAAUUAACUCUUUUGUAAAGAGCUUCUUCUCUCCCCCCUCUGACACUCCCAUUUGUACUGUUUUGUUUUUUAUUUUUUGGGUUCUUUGUCUUUUUUUUUUUUGCAUUCUUUUAUUUUGCACUUCAUUCUCUGCAUUAGUAAGUACUAAAUUAAAAGUGGCAGUCCAAAAGUAUGAUAAAUUUCCUCUUCUCCCUUUCCUUAUUGCCUACAUGUUCAAUAGCUAAUAAAAUAGUUGAUUGAUUUCUU